UUCCAUGCUKACAAUUAUGUAUCGAUCAACGAUCGAGAAAUUAACAGCUGUUUUGUUAUCAAUACUAUAGCGUGUGAUGUAACUUUAUCUAUGCAAUUCCAUGUUGUUGGUCAUUAGAUUCUGAUACUCUAGUGAUCGUUUUAGUUUUGUAUUGUUAUUACCUUAAAAUAUUUUUUUUAAGCGUUCAAUCAUGAUUAAGUUAGUGAAAUUUUGUAGAAGCCCCUUAAUACAACAAAUACCUCGUUACACAGCCCGACUUUUGCAUGUUGGCGAUGCUGAUGUUUUGUCAAGCUCAAUUGAUAAGAAUUCUGCUGAGUUUAAGGAAAAUGUUGUGGAAAUGACUACUUUGAUAAGCCAGCUAAAUGACAUUACUCAGCAAGUUCUGACUGGUGGUGGAACUACAGCAAUCGAACGCCACACUUCUCGAGGCAAACUUUUGCCCAGAGAACGCAUCAAUUUGUUACUAGACAAAGGUUCAUCCUUUCUUGAAUUAAGCACUUUGGCGGGAUAUGAAUUGUAUGGAAAAGAUAUUGUAAAUUCAGGCGGAAUUGUUACUGGAGUAGGUAGAAUAUGUGGAACUGAGUGUGUUGUUGUUGCUAAUGAUGCUACGGUUAAAGGAGGUACAUACUAUCCAAUUACUGUAAAGAAGCAUUUACGUGCCCAGGAGAUUGCUCAAGAAAAUCGUCUGCCGUGUGUCUACUUAGUGGAUUCUGGUGGRGCUAACUUACCACGUCAGGCAGAAGUUUUUCCAGACAAGCUACAUUUUGGACGCAUUUUUUAUAACCAAGCUAAUAUGUCGGCAUUAGGUAUACCUCAGAUUGCAGUCGUGAUGGGAAGUUGUACGGCCGGAGGCGCUUACGUACCGGCCAUGGCCGAUGAAAGCAUUAUUGUUAAAAGACAAGGUACCAUAUUUUUAGCUGGCCCGCCUUUAGUGAAAGCUGCUACAGGUGAAGAAGUAUCAGCUGAAGACUUGGGUGGCGCAGAUUUACACUGUAAAACUUCUGGUGUAACCGAUCACUAUGCUGUGGAUGAUGAACAUGCACUUUAUUUAGCUAGGCAAGUUGUUCGAAGUCUAAAUUUGCCAUCAACAAAUAGCUACAACGAAAAAUUGUUAUAUUCAAGUCAAAUGGCGAAUCGAACGGUCAAUGCUAAAGGUCUAGAAACGAUUGAAGAUCCAAAAUAUGACCAAAAUGAUUUAUAUGGAAUUGUGGGCACAACAUUGACCAAAAGUUUUGAUGUGCGUGAGGUCAUAGCACGAAUAGUGGACGGCAGUCGUUUUACAGAAUUCAAAAAAUUAUAUGGAGAGACAUUAGUCUGUGGUUUUGCGAAACUUUACGGUCAUACAGUUGGAAUAAUUGGAAACAAUGGUGUACUAUUUUCGGAGAGUGCUUUAAAGGGGGCACAUUUUAUUCAGUUAUGCGCCCAACGGAACAUACCAUUGGUAUUUUUACAGAAUAUUACUGGUUUUAUGGUUGGACGCGAUGCUGAGGCGAAUGGAAUUGCAAAGAAUGGUGCCAAAAUGGUGACGGCUGUAGCUUGUGCAAAUGUGCCUAAAUUUACUGUUAUUAUAGGAGGAUCUUACGGUGCUGGAAACUACGGAAUGUGUGGUCGCGCGUAUUCACCACGUUUUUUGUACAUGUGGCCGAAUUCCCGAAUUUCCGUAAUGGGUGGCACUCAGGCAGCCAAUGUUUUGGCCCAGAUAACGGCAGAUCAACGUAAACGUGCUGGUAAAGACUUUACUGAGGAAGAGGCCAACAAGGUGAAGGCACCUAUUAUUGAGACAUUUGAAAAAGAAGGUUCACCUUAUUAUAGUACUGCACGUUUAUGGGAUGACGGCAUCAUUGAUCCAGCGAAUACACGCCAAGUGUUAGGCCUAAGUUUAAAAGCGGCUUUGAAUAACGCCAGCCAAUCUACACGGUUUGGUGUAUUCCGCAUGUAAAAUAUUGAAGUGGAUAUGUGGACGCUUCUUGCAUUUAUUUUGAUAUACAGUUGUGUCUAGUUGUGAAUAGUCUUUGAGGAAAUUGUUGCAUUUAUUAGAGUUAGGAUAAAUUUUUUUAAACAAUUUUUGUGAGUUUACAAGUAACUUAAUGUAAAGUAGUUAUAUCGAUUGAAUAUUUUUUCAAAUAAUAUACACAUAUGAUAAAGUAGUACUUAAAAUUUGUUUAAAAUAUUUUUUAAAGCACGUUGAAUAUUUUUGCUUUACAAGUUUUAACUUUUCAUGUAUAAUCAAUUUAAUUUAAUUAAAAUAUGUUUAGGGUCAAAGACKUUGAUAAUUGUAUCAUUUGAAUUCUGGUUAGACAUAAGCAAAGUGUGUUUGUGCAAUGAACACAAAAGAUGUAAUACAAAUAAAUGGUUUAAAAAUUAGAAGUUUAAAUAAUUAUAAAAAGUUGGACAAUAAGAUGGCAACACAGURCAUGUAGCGGCACACAACUUUUUGAUUUGUCUGGUACAUUUUCUAGUCGUUACAAUAAAAUAUUCACCACACAUAUUCGUUGUGUUUGACCAAUUCGAAAUAUCCGCUCGUUGUUGAGAUUGAACGAUUUUGAGUAGUUUGUUCGCAUUUUCUGUGUUGAUAGCACGCGUUAUUUGAUUCGCGUUUUGGCGUUUUAGCAGUAUAAACUGCUCACAUACUUACAUAUUAAAUCAAUUGAUAUUUCCUGCGUAAGAGAAGCUAUCAAAGCAAAGACGUUGCAGAAUUAUAAAUCGGCAAGUGUAAAAGGCAGUGAUUGGUAGGGAGUGAGAGCAAGACGUCAACGGAAAGAAGAUUAAGUGAAAGAACACCAUAUCAGCCAGUUGGUCUAUACAUCAGUCAAGUCAUAAGGACAGAGAAGAGCGGACACUUCAUUUAGUUGCAGCCGGCUGUUGUGUGUGCAGUAAAGCA